AUGUCUCGCGUGCUACUAAGCCUUUGCGUGUUGACCCAAAAGAUCAUUCGGAUGCUUGAGAAGAUCCGCGAACUUCGCGGAAAGAUCCUCGACAAAGACGACCUAAUCCACGAUUUGUUGACAAGAGCACAGUGGGCCGAGCGAAGAGUGGCCGGACUGGUUGCUCAAGUUGCUGAGAAGGACGCGGAAAUUGCUGAGAAGAACAUCAAGAUCGCGGAGAACGAAGCCGAAAUCGCGGCGCUCAAGGCCGAGCUUGCUGCCGUCGGAGCUGGUGAACAGGCGAAUCUUGGUGAAGGUGGAGCAAAGCGUGACCACAAGAGAAAGAGAACUCACCAGUAG